GCAACGAACAUGCAGGUCAUGCUAUCCUAGCCUGAUGAAAACCAGCCGCAAGAAAUUCGUCAACUAAAGUCAGUUCCCAUUAGUUCUGAGACACUGACAAGACGGAUCCGCCGCGGAAUAUUGUAGGGCACGGUGACGACUGGUCACGGGCACAUUGGCCUUGUUCCUUCAUGUGGCCGACGCAUCGCCCUCACAAGUAGUUAUUCUUACUAACUCAUUCUUGCAAGAAAGCUGAGCCUGCUUCAUCGAUCAGACAUACAGCCAAUCCGAAUCCACGAGGCGCCAUGGUCCACAUACGCGGUCACCGCUUGCGGCCCGCCUCUCUUUCACGUGGCGGUCUCCAUCUUAUGCUCCUAACACUCUUCUUCUGUGCGCGCGCGCGCGGCCAUAGCUACUCAAUUAGUCUCAGUCGGAGCGUGCCGCAGCGCCAUCGUCUGCUGCCGCUGCUUGCUGACCUCUUUCAACAACAGUUGAACGGACGGCAAGGGGACGGGCAGGAGGAGAGACUGGUUGUCACGCUUGACGGUCAAACUGACGGCCAAAUAGACGGCCGACAAGAAAUCCGGCAAAGCAACCGGCGGGAUGAAAUCCAUGGGAGCGGCAGAUAUAACGGAGUCGCGGAGCUAUCUGGGGAUGCCGCUAGUGGCAGGGUUGGCGGCAUCAACGGGAACAGCGACGACGGCAGCAGCAGUGCGGGAGUGAAGGGAGAGAAUGUUACGCUCCCGCAUCGGUACUCGUUAUUGGACACUUCGUUAUCGGGUACCAGCACGAUGACGACGUCGACAGUUUCUUUCGUCAGCAGCAGCAUGACAGUGUACUCGACGAGCACUGCGCUCGCCACCGAGUCGCCCUGCUCGCCGCUUCUCACGGCGGUCAAGAUCUCCGUGUCGUCCGAGGAGGACUUCGCGCAGCGGCUGCAGUACUCCCCGCGAUCCACGGUCAUCCUCGAGCUGCAGGCCGACAUCGCGCUCACGCGCGGGCUGCUCUUCAACGCCUCCUUCGCCUGCACCAUCCUGCGCUCCGCGCGCGCCGCGCCCAACGGCGCGACGCUCUCGCUCGCCCGCACCGACGAGCCGCUCCUCCGAAUCUGGAACACGAGCAACGUGCUCGUGCACGGGGUGAAUUUCCAGCAGCCGUUCACCGCCGUGUCUGGCGUGUGCGCGAACAUCCCUAACAUCGGCAUCGGGAUCAUCUGCCCGACGAUCUCGAUCUACGGGUGCCAUCACGUGCAGGUGGUGAAGGGGACGCUGUUCGGACGGAUCGACGUGUUUCGGAGCGUGGUGUCGCGCAUCGACAGCAUGAAGGUGACCGGCGUGUCGGACUUCGACGUCACGAACGGCGCGAUCCGCGUCGCGUUCUGCGGGUAUGGGCCGACGCUGGAGCCGUCGUACAUCGCCAUCACCAACAACGAGGUCUAUGGUGUGCAUACGCCUAUCGUUCUCUACCGUGGCGCGGUGGGUGUAACCGUGCGAAACAACUACAUCCACGACUUCCUUUUCGCGGGGAUUCGCUGCGGCGCUGACGUCAGCUUCCAGGGGGACUGCAUGCUGACGACGAUCUCCAACAACCUUGUUGUCGCGACGGCGCGUAACAUGAGCGGCGAUCAGGACGCGGCGGGGAUUUAUUAUUGUGUACACUGGUUUAACCCAGGAAAUGUAGCGGAGUGUAACUAUAUCUACAACGGCGACCACUGCUAUUAUUUUGAUUAUGUUUCGUCUGGAAUCACGGUGCGCGGAGGGGCGUGCAUCGGCACUUACGAUGGCAUCAAAGUCAAUAAUGGAAAAUGGAACUUUGUAGAGGAUGUGAUAAUGAAGAAUGUGCCGGGAAUGACGGGGUGGUUUACGUGUUUAACCCCCACGCUCAACAACUGCGCCAUUCGCCCGGGCACGUACUGGGAGUCGAUGAGGAGAAAAUACUAUGACACUCCUCUCUGGAACAAUCUCUGGCCAUGGAUGAAGGACAUCUGCCUGGAUAGAACCAUCAGCGGUAACCCGUGCAACACCGCAGACACCCUCUCUGCGGCCCAAACCGGCUCCUGCAGCGGCCUGCCCUCCGACAAUUUCCUGGACCUCGUACUCAUUAAUAACAAGCGCAACACCUGGUAUAAGUACUGUGAGAACCUCACCACUGUAGCCAAGUUCAACUACUACAAAGUAACCAACGUUACGGACGGCAACACGCUCGGAUUCGCGAGCUUUUCGAACGAUGAUCUGGCGGUCGGCGCAAGCUCCCCAUUGGUCGUUGCGAAACCGAAAUUCAAGAGCUGCUCGAGGGGCAGCGUGGGCCCGAGGAGAGUGCUGGACGUGUUUUACUACAGCAACUUCAACCAACCGGAGCCCGACACGUACAGCUUGGUGCAGUCAAUGGGCACAAGACACAUCCAGGAUUCGUCGCGGUGGAAUGCCUGAGAGCAGCUGAAGGCGGCUCAAGGUAUUCCCGCUCCCAAGUCCUGACAGACGCGCUUUUGAAUGGGGCGACGGAGGGAAGGGGGUGUGCAGGCAAUGGGCAUGAGACACAUCGGAGACUCGCCACAGUGGAAUGCUUGGUCAAUGGGCAAGCGGGGAGGGGAGGAGAAUGGGGUGGAGAAUGGGCAAUGGGGAGGAGAGGAGGCGUGGUAAUGGCAAUGGGCAAUGAAGCACAUCCCGGACUCGUCGCAGAGCAAAAUAAAUGCACAAUUGGGGGGGGGGGGGUUGAUGGGGGGGGGAGGAGGUGUUGAGGAGUGUCAGCAGGUGAUCGGCACAGGGCAGGACUGGUUGGCACAGCUUACAUACCCUGCCGGCACUAUGAAUUGUUUUACGCUCACAGCUGCUGCAGCAUGGAGAGCCAGGCCUCCCAGAAGACAGUAUGGGCUGAUUGCAUUUAUUAUAUUAUUUCACUAAUGGUGCAUUUCGCCAAUUGUAUUUUAUAAAUGUCCCUCUCUCCAUGGCAGCAAUAACCCUUCUACACCCUAAUGCCUUUGAUUUGCUAGCUGUUUUUGUCAUGAAAACUAAUUUAUUCACGAA